AACUCCGUGAGAGAGACUCCGCUUCAGUGACCAUAUGAUCCAAGCAUCACUUUCUGCGAGCGAAAAAGCACAGGUGUAAAGGAUUCUGGAAAUAUGAAAUGGCCGUGUGUUUGAAAUAUACUUUGUGUACAUUUACAACAGUUGUUUUGUGAGGGUUUUCUGAGAGGAAGACAGACGGGGAACAAAGCCAUGGAAAAGUACUCUCUAAACAGAAACUUAAUUGCAUUUUGUCAUGCAACAAGGAAUGUUUGUUUCAGCUCUUGAAAGAGUUCCGGCUGACAUAUCACAAUUCAAAUAGUAUGGGGUAUUUCAAAAUCCAUUCCGGGGCUUUUUUGCAUGAGUGACACGUAUUGCCCUUGACCUGGUUUGAAUUACAAAAGAAAAAAUCGUCCAAGCGUUACCUCUGUCAUGUCUGACAACACGCUAUUAGCUGAGAUUUUAUGGCAGAAAUACUGGGAAUUCAGUAAUGAUAUCGCCAUUGUUACCGCAUUACAAUUUUGAGAAAUAUCAUUAUUUUUACGGAUGAUCAGACAUAGACACCUUUCUAGACUAGGUCUCGUUGAUUUGAGAUAGAAGUGCGACCUUAGAGACAUUAGGAAAUUAUGGUUCACAUGAAUAAUUUUUCAGUCUGUGUCCGCUGGAGUGUCUUCACCAUGAACUGCCUGGUUUGGCUUGGAGGCUCUGUGAUGCUUGGCCUUGGGAUAUGGGUAACAACACAAGACACGGAGUAUAAACACCUGGCUGGAAAUCAGAACGUAACUAUCGGCUAUAUUGUGCUGUCAUCGUUUGUAUUUAUCACUGGAUUUAUCGGAUCAUGUGGAAUUAUCCUAAUGAAAGACAACCUACUAAGAGCGUACUUUGCAUUUAUGUUAAUUUUACUCUUGGCUGAACUUGGUGUAGCUAUUUAUCUCUACGUAGAAAAAGACCAGAUACAAGAUCAUAUUGCCACAAACUGGGACGAAACUACUGAUGAAGUUAGAAUCCUCAUUCAAGAAAAGUUUGAAUGCUGCGGUCUAUCACCAAUAAACCUCAACCAUAAGUCAAGUUCCGACAAAUCCUGUUUUGUUGAUGAUAAUCCAGGAAACAAAAGAUUGAAGGACUGCUACACAAAUCUCAUGGAUUGGAUUAAGAGGAACCAUGUUAUCUUAGCAACAUGUUCAGUUAUUGUUGCUGUUCUGCAGAUGUUGAUAUUGGGAGGAACCUGUCGGCUGAUUGCAGCAAUUGAGUCUGGUGACAGAACAGUAAGGCGAACAAGAGUAGUGCCGAUCAAUGUCCAGCCAAUAGCUGUAGCGCCAAUACAAGUGCAAAAUGUGUACCCUGACUAUUGGAGCCCUGGUUAUUUGAACCCUGGUUAUUUGAACCCUGGCCAGGGGAACUCUGGCCCCACACCACAGCCAGCUAAAGCUGAGCCUGAGGAAGUAACACAAAAUGACAGUGCUACUCCUUUGUCUGAAGAUUCUGAAGAUGGACCCAUUAGAAGCAAUAUCAAAAGAAAGGAAUGGGCAAAAAUCAAUCCAAAAUAUAACCCUGUUUUUAGCUUACUUGACCUGAAGUUAUAGUUUGACAAAAUUGUUUUUUUUCAUGGAACAAAAGGUUUUAGUUUUGGUAUACAAGUAACUCCCCAUGUGGGGCCUGAGAGUAUUUAAGGUAUAACUGUAAAUAGUCUGUCACAAAGGAUUUAAUGAACAAGUGUAAAGGGAAAUUACAUAUUUAAGUGCUUGAAUGAGCAUUGUGAGUUUCUUAGUGCAUAUAGUGCACAAGUUUAUAUUCUGUGUGAUGCCAAUGUCUUUAAUCUUUUUACCCCUGUAAGUGUCUAGCAUCUAAUU